AUGAAGCCAAACACAUCAACAUCCCUCCACGAUCGGUCGCAAGCCAUUACGGUGACCACCUACGCUCUUACUGGAGCCUUUGUGCUCUUCUUCAUUUCACGCCAGAUCAUGAAAGCUGUCGUUUUCCGCAAGGUUGCGCUUGACGAUCUUUUCAUAUCUCUCGCGACACUGCUUGGGAUCGGUUUGGCAGUCACCACGCUGGUUCUCUCUUCCAGGGGCUUCGGAGUUCUCGGUAUUCUCACUGUCGAACGAGCCAACACCAUCAUGAAAGGCUGCUAUGCAUCAGAGCUCCUUUACAUCUCGGCGUUGUGCUUCUCGAAGCUCUCGAUUCUCGUCCUGUUCUACAACGUCGUCGUGUUACGUACUCGUCGCAUUUUUGUCAUGGGGUUUGGCGUUUGCAUCUUCGCUUGGAGCGUGGCAUCGAUCAUAGCUGCGGCGUUCCAGUGCGCGCUUCCACGGCCUUGGGAGAUGAUGACGUUGCGCUGCUUCAACACACGAGUAUUCUGGGUCGUGUACUGCGCUGUUGACAUGUCCACGGAGGUCUUCAUAAUCAUGCUUUCUGUCGAUCUCGUCGCCCACCUCAGAGUCCGUAUGUCGAGGAAAUUCGCGGUGGUUGCUUGCUUCACGCCACGCCUGCUUGUCGUCGCGGCUGCACUUGUCCGCGCCGUCUUUCUCUACCAGGUGACACCGCACGGGAACCCAGAGUACGAUCUCUGGAUCUCUACCAUCUGUACCCACGCGCACGUCUGCGCCAGCAUCUGCACUGCAUGCAUCCCGUACAUGGUCCCGUUCUUCAAGAGCCUGCAAGGCAACAUCUGGCGGUCCUAUUCGACGAAGAGCUGGACUGCGAGAUCCAGAUCGAAUCGCCUGUCUGGACCGCCACGGAACGUUCUAAGGAAACACGAGGCGAAUAUCCGAUUCGAGUCGCCCAAGUCUUUUACGAGCCUGGUCAGAGUGUCGAUAGUAUCGCCGCGGAUUCCCAGCCCCACACCCAUUAGCCCUUUCAUGCCACCGCCUAUUCCGACGCUACGACCAAAUGCACGAGGUUUGAGUGUCUCAGGGACGUUGCACGACAGCGAGUCUGAUGAGGUGUUUGAUAUGGUCAGCUUGCACACUGCAAUGUCUUUUGCUCCAUCACCUAUUGAGGCCCCAGUCGAAGCGCGCCUGUCGAGUGCUGUCGUUAUGGAGUCUUUUGAAUACCUAGCUCUGUUGGGUAGCCCGGGUACAUCGAGUUCGAGCUCAUGCUACUCCAGCCGCGCUUCGACACCGACAAGAACAGAGCCACACCCGCGCUUUUCACUGUUCCCCCAACAUGCACAUCCACAAGCAGUCUCGCCGUCCUCCGCGCAGAACUUGGCAACCUCCGACAGAGCAGUCCACUUAGCGCGUCAGGCCCUGCCAAACCCGGCGACACCGCAUUCCUUGGACGACUUUGCACAUCCUGCGCGCUCAGCGAGUUCAAGAUCCCUUCCAAAGUUCAGCACGACACCGCGCUUGCAUGCACCACCUCCGACUGCUGGAAAAUGA